UCAGCCACUACCCCGCGUUAGACCCCGAGCCGAACCUAACUAACAAGCGCUUCAACACCUUCACCAAGCAUGGAGAGCGGAUACCUAGACCAGGCAGAGCAUGCAGGCGGAGACUGUGAGCUUGAUGUCGCUGUUUUUGCUAAGCUUCCAACAGGCUGUAGUGUUCUCAAAGUGGCACCAUCAGGCCAUAGUCUUUGGGUGGCCACGGUUCAGAUUGUGGUUCAGCUGGAAGAUGGAACGAUAAAAAAGUAUUUCAAGAAGGGUGCGCGUGGUGCAAUUGGAAUGGACAUGAUGAGAGGCACAUUCGAAGCUGAACAGGCUCUAUAUACCUUUUCUCCAGGCCAGGUCCCGAAGCCUAUCGGUUGGGGAACAUACACAAUCGAUCCCGGAACGCACUUCUAUCUCAGCCAGUUCGUGGAGAUGAGAGAAGACCUCCCCAGCGCUCAGGAUUGGGCGGCUUCUGUGCGGGAGCUCCAUGUCAACAGCAUGGGGAAGUGCUUAACCAGAAAAUUCGGCUUCCAUGUCAAUACUUAUCUUGCCAAUGUUCCAGUCAACAACUCAUGGAACUCUUCCUGGGAAUCAUUCUGGAGACAGCAGAUGAAGGGCCUGUUCGACCAGGACGAUCGCGUUUAUGGCAUGGACAAUGAGUUGACAGCGCUCAAAAUGAUAUUUCUCUACGAAGUGAUCCCGAGAUACCUUAGUCCACUCGAAAGAGAAGGGCGAUCUGUCAUCCCCUGCCUCAUUCACUCUGAUCUAUGGCCUGGAAAUAUCAAGCCGAAGAAAUCCUCAAGUGGGUUAUGCAUGUUUGACGCCUGCGCAUACUGGGGACACAACGAGGCCGAUCUGGGCAUCUGCCUAAACCCAAGAUACAAGCUUGGUCAACCGUGUAUCCACGAAUACCUCAAGCGAAUACCUGCAGCCGAACCCACAGCUGAUUUUGACGGUAGAAUCGCUGUGUACGCAAUGAAGUACCACGCGCUGCUGUCAAUCAUGUAUUGCUUUAAAGACAAAAGUUUCAGACAGACGCUGAAGAAUGAGCUCAAAGAGAUCAUCGGUAAGGCAGCACAAUCGAUGCCAGAAGGAGAAGGCGAUGCGUCUGCGUAAAUGCCGGCCUAACUGGGCAUGUCGUUUUGAACUAGGUAGUGAACCACCAAGCAUUUCCUACACAAUAUAUCAGCUGGGCCGGUAUCUUGAACCACUCAGUGGCGGGGAUAAGGCCGAGAUGUUCGGAUGAAAGGCAAUCUCUCCAUUUUCAAGUUGACCGCCGUUUCUCUUAACUUGGUUCCGAAUACGCUGUGUUAAC